UCCGGCUCAGUGUGGGGAAGAAGAGAGAAGUGUAUAAAGCGUGAUGAGAGAGAGAAAGAAGGUAAGAAAGAAGGUUCAAUGGUAGGGAGAGGAAUUUGUAGGUUGCACUUUCCAUUCUUUUGUUGACAUUUUUUUUUUGGGGGCUUCCUUGAGCUCCCGCCAGAGCGUCACACUUUUAAACAUGAGGAAGUAAUUUUUCUUUUUUUUUUUCUUGUGUAAAUUGCGUUUAUCCGAACCAACGGUGGUGAAAAACGGGAGCAGUUGCGUCCUUCAGGGGGGAACCACCGCGCGAGGAAACACACCAACGCCGCCCGAGAGAGAGGUGCUGCAGGAGGAGAAGGGGAGGUGGUGGUGGUGGAGGGAGAUAAUAUAGAACAGAGCAACAUUGGCACCAGCAGCGGAAAAAUAAUAACAGAGGAAAGCUCUGUUGUUUUUUAUUCUACCGGGACGAGCAGGAGCUGAGCGAAAGUGGAAAUAGAGAGGUGUGAGAAAAAGAAAACGCGGGAGAGGAGUAAAUCGAAGGCAACACAAGACUUGAAGCAAGCCCCGACUCACCUGACGCGCUUGCCAGGUGGGACAGCCUGCACUCUCUAAACCCUCUCUCUCUCUCUCUCUCUCUCUCUCUCUCUUCCUCGCUUCCUUUAUCUCACCCUCCUCCUCCUCCUCCUCCUCCUCCCUGGAGAUGGUCCGUUGGCGGGCCCUGCUGCUGCUGAGCUAUCACCUGGCCUCUCUGCUGGCCUCGGCGGCGGCGGGUUCUGAGCGCCAGCGACACCGCGUGCAGCACGGCCCCUGCACCUACACCUUCGUGCUGCCCGAGCUCGACCACUGUCGUCCCGCCCUGUCACCCCUCCAGGACCUCCCCCAGGGGGCGGCCGACGCCCCGCAGAGGGACUCCCCAUCCCAGGCAGGCCCGGGUGUGGAGGACUCCCCCCGGGGGGAGGAGGACACGGAGGGGAGGGCAGCCCGGAUGAAGCACGCCAGGCAGGAGAGGAAGCUGGAGAGCCUGGAGAGCGCCAUGGAGAACAACACGCUGUGGUUGCGGAGGUUGGAGAGCUUCAUCAGGGAGAAUGUGCGCUCCGGUAUGGAGGAGAAGAGGAACGAGGUGCACACACAGACGGCGGCCAUGUUGGAAAUGGGCACCAACCUCCUCAGCCAAUCGGCGGAGCAAACCCGCAAGCUGACGGACGUGGAGACCCAGGUGUUGAACCAGACCAGCCGGCUGGAGAUCCAGUUGCUGGAGUACUCGCUGUUCACCAACCGGCUGGAGAAACACAUCCUGCAGCAGACCCAGGAGAUCUCCCGGCUCAAUGAGAAAAACAGUUUCCUGGAGCAGCGGUUCUCGGCGCUGGAGUCCCGCUACGGCAGGGAGCUCCAGGGGCUGCAGCAGGAGAAGCAGCAGCUGCAGGAGCUCCUGGACAGGCAGAGCCGCCUAGUGGGACAGCUCCAGGGGGAGGUGGACGGCUCCACGGCCAACAGCUCCAUGCUGCAGAGGCAGCAGGCCCUGCUCACCAACUCUGUUCAGCAGCUGCUGGCUAUGGUCAACCACUGCAAUGAGAUCGCCACAACGGCAAAAGAGGAGCAGGCCAGUUUCAGAGACUGUGCAGACAUCCUGCGUUCCGGAGUGAAAGACAACGGGAUAUACAGCAUCCGCCUCCCAAACUCCACCCAAACCGUCAAGGUGUUCUGUGACAUGCAGACCCGCGGCGGGGGGUGGACCGUGCUGCAGCACCGGUGGAACGGCUCGGUGGACUUCCACCGCGGAUGGAGCGACUACAAGGCGGGCUUUGGAGAUCCGUCCGGAGAGCACUGGCUGGGGAAUGACAUCAUCCACCAGCUGACCAGCUCCCAGGACUACAGCCUGCAGGUGCGUCUGAGGGACCGUGGCGGCAGCGAGGUCUUCUCCCAUUACGACCACUUCCACGUGGACGCUGAGGACGCCAACUACAGCCUCCACGCCCAAGGGUUCAGCGGCACAGCGGGGCGCACAAGCAGCCUGACUCACUCCGGCACGGCCUUCAGCACCAAGGACAGGGACAACGACGGCUGCACCUGCAAGUGUGCGCAGAUCGCCUCUGGGGGCUGGUGGUUUGAGGCCUGCGGUCCAUCUAACCUGAAUGGGAUGUACUACCCGGCAUCCUCCACCGUGGUCAGCUACAACGGCAUCAAGUGGUACUACUGGAAGGGCCCCACGCUGAUGGCUACCAUGACAACCAUGAUGGUGCGCCCGGCAAACCUGUAGAGCCGGGAACAUUCUGUUCAUUUGUUGUGUGUGUGUGUGUGUGUGUGUGUGUGCGUAUGCGUGCGUGCGUGUGUGUGUAUGUA